AGCAUGGCUGCAGGGAAAUUGCUGCUCUACGCCGGGCUCUCCUUGUCUCUUUGUGCCUUGGCCAUGCUGGCCGUGGCAAUGUGCUCCGAUCACUGGUACGAGACAGACGCCAGAAGGUACAAGGAGCGGUGCCGGAGUUUUUCCAGCCGCCGAAAGGACCCUGGUUUUAUCUACAUCCCGAACAACAGCCUGCCACUGCGGGCUAGCCGAAGCAGCCCGUCUCGCUGGGAGGACAAGGCGCUACUGGCCCGGAACCGGAGGCAGCUGUUCGCCAUGAGCGCCGCAGACGAAUGCAGCCGACGAUAUAACUCCACCAACAUGGGGCUUUGGAGGAAAUGCCACAGGCUGGGCUUCGACCAGACGAUCGAGGAUCACAUUCGCAGAGGAUCAAUUGCAAGAUGCUCCUACAUCAAGUACCACUACUCGUCAGCUGCAAUACCCAAAAAUCUAUCCUACAACAUCACCAAGACAAUAAGGCAGGAUGAAUGGCACUCCCUACACCUGCGGCGAAUGACAGCUGGUUUCAUGGGCAUGGCGGUGGCUAUUAUUCUGUUUGGCUGGAUCAUCGGGCUGCUUGGCUGUUGCUGGGACAGAGGUCUCAUGCAAUAUGUGGCUGGCCUUCUCUUCCUCAUGGGUGGAACUUUCUGCAUUAUCUCCCUCUGUACCUGUGUUGCUGGCAUUAACUUUGAGCUUUCACGUUACCCGCGGUUCCUGUACAGCCUUCCUGACGACAUUGGCCAUGGUUAUGGGUGGUCUAUGUUUUGCGCCUGGGGAGGUCUUGGCCUUACCCUUAUUUCUGGUUUCUUCUGCACCCUGGCUCCCUCUGUCCAGCCAAUACCCAGAUCCAACUGCUCCAAAGCCCGGCAAGAGAACGGCACCAUCUGCUAAUGCUAGCAACUGUAAACAGAUCAUCUACAUCAAUGGAUAAAAAAAAUGGACAAACUGUCGAAUCAUUUCAUUGGUCUACUCAUCUCUGUUGUGUUCUGGGUUGAGUUUUCUUUUUAUUGUGUAUGUUUAUAAUGGAUAUCUUGAUAAUCUGCUAUCUUUAUCAUACAAUAAAAAACUCAAGAAUUUAGAAGACAUAAUAUAAAAAAUGUGUUUUGUUUUUUGGAGCAGAUGCUCCAAAAGUAUUGUUGACAAUAGAAGGAAAAAUGUUCCAAGGCUUUAAGGGAGACUGAAGGAGAAAAUAAUUGAAUGAGGUGUGUGGAGUGUAAACUGAAGUUGGGCUGUAAUCUAAAAAACUGACAGUGAUAAUCUGAUGGUGAUUCAUUCCCUGCAGUUACACAAUGUGAUUCAAUUAGUGUUGUGUCCAAACAGUCUGAUAGCAGAAACUGAAGGCAGGUGUUUCAUGAACCUCAGAUCCAUUCAGAAGAUUUACAAGAAUUGCACUAAACCAGACUAUGGUUAUCAGCUGUCCCUCUGUACUGUCUGCACCAAGCAGUUAGAUAUAACAGAUGAGCAGGGUGAAGAUGGGACUUCUGCAGUUGUGAAGUAUUGUACAGAAUAUUCCAGAAGUCACAAAUAAGACUUUUGGUAUCAGAUUUUUUUUACUCUGUCUAGGUACAUUCCAUUCCCUACAGUGAUUCUGUAUGCCAUUAAGCAGUGUGAACAUUUUUUUUUACCUAGCUUUUUAUCAAAUCUCCCAUGUUGUGAACAAAUGAAUUGGUUUAUUUUCAGAGCAAAUGUUUUCUGUGCUUUUUCUUUUUUUUUUUUUUUGUUGUUGUUCACUUGAGACAAACAAAUGUAUGUGUGAGUAAAAGCAUGUUACCGAGAAGGUGGCUUUGCUGUCUCUAUGGAAAAACUUUUUUAUGUAAUAAAACAGAUACAUGGAUUGGA